AAGGGGGACGAGGAGUUGUUUUAAAGGGCCCGGGAGGGAGCGGCACGUGCGCCUGCUGCUUUCGCCGCUUCCCCCCGUCCGCUUCCCACAGGAGCGGAGAGGGGCCUGGCGAUUCCUCCCGGACAGCGGGAUCCGUCCCGCUGGGCUGGGGCAGGGAAGGUCGGGCCGGAGCCGCCGCGGGAGUGGCGGGCGGGCGCUGGCCCGAGCUGUUUUGUCGCCCCUGGAAAGCCCCUACUGUUUUUUUGUAGAGCCACUGGAAACUGGGCUAAGGAGUGAAAGGGAGUCGGAGCUGGAUUCCUUCAGCAAGGGGAAGUUGACGCAUCAACCUAAGAAUAGCUCGGGGAGGGGAAGUAUGGACAAUAUUGUCACCAAAGUUAACCGACGCCGUCCUUGCUCCUCUGUCCCGUCAGGAAAACUAGCCUUUCGCUGAGGGGAACCCGCCAUUUCCCGCCCCAGUGAGCCCAUGUGGAUGUUCAGGGUAGUGCCUCAGCAGCGCGUUAUUGCCUUCGCUCUCUGCUCGUGUUUCAGCUGCUGAUGAAAUCGCAGCCAGAAGCGGAGGACUCUUUGGACCUGCCUAUACUCGGGACCUUUGACUCGUAAAAAGCUCCUUUAAGAAGCGUCCCAGUCUAGAGGAGGAGAAGAGAGAGCAUUCGGCUGUUGGAAGCAGCAGACGCCAUCCAGGGUGUGGGGAAUUGGGGGAGGCAAGAGAAAGCCGCUGUAUGUGGAGUUUUUGGACAAGAUGCUUUCUCUGAAGAAAUACUUUACCGAAGGCCUCAUCCAGUUCACCAUUCUUCUCAGCUUGAUUGGUAUUCGUGUGGACGUGGACACCUACCUGAACUCUCAGCUCCCCCCUCUCCGGGAGAUCAUUCUUGGCCAGAGCUCUGCUUACACCCAGACCCAGUUUCACAACCUGCGUAACACCUUGGAUGGAUAUGGCAUCCACCCAAAGAGUGUAGACCUGGACUAUUACUUCACUGCUCACAGGCUGCUCAACCAGGUGAGGGCCCUGGACAGGUUUCAGGUGCCCACCACAGAAGUCAACACCUGGUUAGUGCACCGAGACCCUGAGGGUUCCGUGGCCAGUGGCCAACCCAGCGCUGGCAUUGCCCUCGAGAAUGGCGGCGGCCUGCAGGAUGGGAGCAAUCCUGACAGCAGCGUGAGGGAGAGUGGGGUCGAGCAGGGCUUUGGGGAAGAACUGGAAGAUUUGGGAGCGGUGGCUGCCCCAGCAAAUGGAGACCUGACUAAAGAGGAUAUCGAUUUGAUUGACAUCCUGUGGAGGCAGGAUAUUGAUCUCGGCGCUGGGCGAGAGAUUUUUGACUACAGCCACCGUCAGAAAGAGACUGAAGUGGACAAAGAACUGAGUGAUGGGAGGGAGCAUGGGGACGACUGGAGGAGCAGAGGGAGCGAGGUCGUGGAUAGAAACCUGCUAGUUGAUGGAGAGACCGGGGAGAGUUUCCCUGCGCAGUUCCCAGCUGCAGAUGUUUCCACCCUGAGCGAAGCUGUGCCUGGCGAGAGCCGGCCCGCGGGCUUCCAGACCAGCCUGCUGUCUCCUCUCCUCGCCGAGUCACCCUUUGACCUGGAGCAGCAGUGGCAGGACCUCAUGUCCAUCAUGGAAAUGCAGGCCAUGGAAGUGAACAACACCACAGCAGAGACCCUGUACAAUAGUAUGAGCAGAGACCUGCUGACUUUCAGCUACAGUCUCGCUCCUAACACUCCCAUCAAUCAGAAUGUCAGCCUGCAUCAGGCCUCACUGGGGAGCUGCUCGCAGGACUUCUCCCUCUUCAGCUCGGAGAUCGAAAGCCCAUCCAUGGCCAGCAGCUCGGCCUUGCUCCAGCUGACACCGGACAACUCCACUGGCCUCAACACCUUUGGCUCCACCAACCUGAGCGGCAUCUUCUUUCCCCCGCAGCUGAACAGCACUGUCAACGAGACGGCCAGUCCCGAGCUGCCGGACCCGCUGGGCGGCCUCCUGGAUGAAGCCAUGUUGGAUGAGAUCAGCCUGAUGGACUUGGCUAUUGAAGAAGGUUUCAACCCAGUGCAGGCCUCGCAGCUGGAAGAGGAGUUUGAUUCCGACUCGGGGCUUUCUCUGGAUUCUGGCCACAGUCCUGCGUCUCUGAGCAGCUCAUCCUCCUCUUCCUCAUCCUCCUCUUCCUCAUCCUCCUCUUCCUCAUCCUCCUCUUCUUCAUCCUCCUCUUCCUCCUCCUCAUUUUCCGAGGAAGGAGCUGUCGGCUACAGCUCAGACUCUGAAAACGUGGACUUUGAAGAAGCAGAAGGGGCGGUUGGAUACCAGCCUGAGUACAGCAAGUUCUGCCGCAUGAGCUACCAGGACCUGUCACAGCUCCACUACUUGCCUUACCUGGAGCAUGUCGGCCACAACCACACCUACAACAUGGCCCCGGGGGCCCUGGAUCCCAAGGAGCCCAAACUGCCCAGCGCGGGGAAGAAGAGCGGCAAGGAGAAGCCAUCCGAAUUCCUGGACAAGCAGAUGAGCAGGGACGAGCACCGAGCCAGGGCCAUGAAGAUCCCCUUCACCAAUGACAAGAUCAUCAACCUGCCCGUGGAGGAGUUCAACGAGCUCCUCUCCAAGUACCAGCUGAGCGAGGCACAGCUGAGCCUGAUCCGUGACAUCCGGAGGCGAGGCAAGAACAAGAUGGCUGCCCAGAACUGCCGCAAGAGGAAACUGGACACCAUCCUCAACUUGGAACGGGAUGUCGAGGACUUGCAGCGGGACAAGUCCAAACUGCUCAGGGAGAAGGUGGAAUUCCUCAAAUCCAUCCGCCAGAUGAAGCAAAAGGUGCAGAACCUCUACCAGGAGGUGUUCGGGCGCCUGCGGGAUGAGAACGGGCAGCCCUACUCCCCCAGCCAGUACGCCCUGCAGUACGCCAGCGACGGCAGCGUCAUCCUCAUCCCGCGGGCCGUGGCUGACCAGCAAGCCCGGCGGCAGGAGCGCAAGCAGAAGGACCGAAGGAAGUGAGGGCCCAGCCAGGUGGGAGAGAGGGAGGAGCGUAGGGCACUUGCUCGGAGUGAGAACUGGAGAAGGGCUGAGCCUGGAAGUACUUUAGAGGAACUUUCAUGCCUUUGUAUCCGAUAUAUCUUCUCAAAAACAAAACCACAAACGAGACUGUUGCCAGUCAGUGUGCGGGGGAGCCCACGGGACCUCCCUCCCUCCCUCCCUCCCUCCCGGCUGGCUCCCGCGGGGAGGGACGGGGCUCCCGCGGCCCCGGCCGGAGGAAAGGCGCCGGCGUGGGACUGGCAAGAGGUGGAAAAAACUGCUGUUAGGAACUGACUUUAAAUAAGAAAAGAGAUUCAAGCAGACGAACUUAAGAACAAGCUGUAGGAGAGACAUUUUCCUGAACUUCCAAAGUUCUGUGAUUUCAGGUAGUUGGUUUCUUUUCUUUUUUUUAAAAGGAAUUUUUUUUCUGUUGUUGUUUUGGUUUGCUUUUUUUUUUUUUUCCCCCUUUUCCUGAACCAGUUUUGCCAUAGGUGUGUGUGAUUCAGUCCAACUUCACCCCAGAGUAACCAAUAUCCCUUCCUAGAUCACACCUGGUGCACACUAAGAAAACACAAGUGAUGUGUGACUUCGAUUAACCCUUUCCAGUCCGAGGAAGCUCAGAGGGGGCUCACAGGAUGUGUGGAAGAGCUGUGAUGCCUCGGGACAGGGCACAGGGGAAACGCAUAGAGCUUUAGGUGGUGUGUUUUGUUUUUUUUUUUCUUUUCAGGGGAGAUGGAGAAGGGGUGUGAAACUGGAGUGGGUUAAGAGAAACAUCAGCGUGCUACACACCCCCCACCGCACUGGGAGCAUGUCACUGCCACCGACCUGAGGUAUGCAGCAGCAUGCAUGCAAAUGCUGACUGCUCCCAGUGUGGGGUGGGAGGCAGGCACAAGGGCCCCCGGCCCCUGCAAGGCACAAGGGGAGUGGAGGAUCCCUGGCCCAGGCUCAUCACUUAUAGAAAUUAGACAGCUGGUAGGAUCCUCUUCCUUAACCGCCCUUUGAUUUAUUUGGGGAGCUUCAGCCCCAGUUUUCCCUGUAGGGUCUAGAGUGCUUGUGUUGAAGUAAAAGGGAGAAGCCCAACCAUUCAAAGCUGCUAAAUCUUCUCUUUGCCAUAAAGAUUCCAUGUAACUGUGUGAUCACAUUAUAGGAUUCUCUUCUGUCCCUAGGUGUUGGUCUGACUUCCUUUGUUUUCAGGAGGGAGGUGAGGGUAGUGCCUUGAUCACUGUUGGUCUCCGUCACGGGGACGAUCCUAGAAGCUGUAUUUACAAUAUAGCACAGCUGGGAGUGUACUUGACUUUACCAGCAACUGAAAAAGCUUAACCAUGGCUUUUCCUAGCCAGUCCUGUGCGUGUGGGACAGGGUGAGGGCAGUGCUGCGAGGGAGAGACGGAGGCCUCGGGGUGGUAACUCAAGGGAAAGAAACCUGGUGAGGGAGGAGGGCAGCUACCCAUGGGCACCUCUGCCAGGCAAAGGAAAAAGCAGUUGGAUCUUGGGGUGCUCAGUGCCUUUGCCACGGCCCCCAGCAGCCUGAGAUGGACUCGCCGAGGCCCUGGUGGGGUCUCUUGUCCCUGACUCCUGAGAUUCAAUGGCUUUACUUAUGUGUGAGAUGAAGCACAAGUGGUGAUGUGGGUGUGGGGAGGUUGAAAGGGAGCCCUGCACGUAUGUUUUAAAUUAUUUACCUCUUAGAAACUUUUAUUUUAAUGAUCUGUGACCUGUCGGGGAAAGAAGAGAGAUUGUGUGAGCACAGGACAAAAAUAAAAUGGCUUAUUCACUAUA